GUGUCUAUUCAGACACGUUAGUUUGUACAAAUCUUCCUAUGAGUCGUUUCUUAUUCUUAAAAAAGAUUUUGAUUGAAAUGAAUAAAUAUUAAUGAAUGUAGAAUACAGAGAACUUCAAAAUGAUGACAAGGAUUUCACCGGCGCAAGUCACCAGCGUCUUUAAAAAUAGCUCCGUCAACUUGAAACAUAUAAAUAUCUGGCAAAGAUGCAGGUUGCUUUCGGAUGCAAAAUCAACGGUCAAUAUUCCAUCAAAGGCUAUUGUAACUCCAUUUCCACCUUUAACCGAUCCAGUUCCUGGUCUUCCUACACCAGUUUAUUCUACUGCUAAAGAGGAACACCAAACUACACAGAUUACGGUAUUACCAAACGGCUUAAGAGUUGCAUCAGAGAACCGUUUUGGUCAAUUUUGCACUAUUGGGGUCCUCAUCGAUUCUGGUCCAAGAUAUGAAGUAGCCUACCCCAGUGGGAUAUCACACUUCCUAGAGAAGCUAGCCUUUAAUUCGACUAAAGCGUUUGACAGUAAAGACAAAAUAAUGCUAACGCUGGAAAAGCAUGGGGGUAUUUGCGAUUGUCAAGCAUCUAGAGACACCUUUGUAUAUGCAGCUUCAGCCGAACGACAUGGACUUCGAACAGUGACACAAAUCCUCGGAGACAUUGUUCUCAGACCCCAAAUUACAGACGAAGAGUUAAACAUAGCCAGACAAACGGUUCAGUUUGAAUUAGAAUCUCUUGCAACAAGACCAGAGCAAGAACCUCUUCUCAUGGACUUGAUUCAUGCUGCAGCCUACAGAGAUAAUACUCUGGGGCUACCAAAAAUAUGUCCCGAAGGAAAUCUGGAGAAAAUUGAUCGUAAGAUUUUGUUCACGUACCUCAAACACCAUUUUACACCAAGCAGAAUGGUGGUGGCUGGUGUCGGCAUAGAACAUCAAGCAUUAGUCGAUGCUGUUCAAGAGUACUUUAUGGAAGAAAAGCCUAUUUGGGAAGAGCGUUCAGAUCUGGUUAUACCCAACAGGUCAUCUAACUUCGUUGACAAAUCUAUUGCUCAGUACACAGGGGGAUACAUUUUGGAGGAAUGCAAUAUCCCAGUCUAUGCAGGGCCAAGUGGCUUACCAGAAUUGUCUCAUGUAGUUGUUGCUUUAGAAGGUUGUUCUCAUCAAGAUCCUGACUUCAUAGCGAUGUGUGUGUUGAAUAUGAUGAUGGGUGGAGGCGGAAGCUUCAGUGCUGGUGGUCCAGGGAAAGGAAUGUAUACCAGAUUGUAUACCAACGUCCUCAACAGAUAUCACUGGCUCUACAGCGCAACAGCAUACAACCACGCCUAUUCGGAUACAGGACUUUUCUGCAUUCAUGCAUCGUCAACACCAACUCACGUCAGAGAAAUGGUCGAAGUCGUAGUUCAUGAAUUUGUUGCCAUGGCAGGCCCGAUUAGUGAAGUUGAACUAGCGAGAGCCAAGAAACAACUGCAGUCUAUGCUCUUGAUGAAUUUGGAGCAACGUCCCGUCGUCUUUGAGGACAUUGGUCGUCAAGUUUUAGCUACAGGAUCCCGUAAACGACCAGAGUACUUCAUUCAAGCAAUUGAGCAAAUUACCAAAGACGACAUCAACAGAGUUGCACGUCGAUUGCUGAGAUCACCACCUAGCGUCGUGGCUCGUGGUGAAGUUACCAAUAUCCCAUCACUCGCUGAUAUUCAAGCCGGUCUGUUAGACGCUCAAGGCCGUUUACCUGGUUCUCGUAAUCGGUUAUCGCUUUUUCGUCAAUAACUUAAUGAAUAAUAAAUUUCAACCUUUUCGAAAAUGACUGUGAAAAUCAUGAGAUUCCAGCGUAAAGUCAUACGCCAAUCAAUUGAGCAGAUCUAUCACACUGGAGAAAAUUACAUUUGUCUUACAUACGGGAUGUACAGCGUAAAAUUGCUGUUUAGUAUAUUUAUAGUAUAAAAAGCACCUGUACAUUUUUACAUGUAGUUUCUAAUUAAUUGUGAUAACAUCCAAUAAUUUUAUAUGGUUUCAAAGUCUGCUGUGCAAUCUUCGAUUUAUUUCGCCAACAAACACUGACAUUCAUAUCAGUGCCAUCAAACCUUUCGAUGAUUUGAUACUUGUGCUGUUAUGAUUCCUCUAGUUUGAACCGUCAACCGAAAUUAAGUAAAUGUAUUUAAAUGAAUAAAAUAAUUGUAAAGUUACAGCACAA